GCCAAUGGUGUCUCAAGCUUUUAGCUUUGUGUAAAAAAAUGGGGUGUUGGUUUUGUAGAGGCAUAACCCAAAAACAACCAAGUACAGUAGAGAUACUGUACCCGAUUUGAGAGCCCAAGAGUGAACCAAAAUUCAUAAUUUUGGUCAGAAUACGAAACUGCCCAUUUGUAACUCUCUGCUUGCAUGCCCAACACUUUGCCUUAAAUCCCUAAGACCUGCCUGUUCUGAGUUGGUAGCUUUGUCACUUUUUGAUAUUUGGGGAGUUAUAAAAAGGGUCUAAGAGCUUGCAGUGCAAUUCUGCGUUGGGUUUUCUCUUGAGGGUCUUUGAGUUUCUCAAAAACAAAAGAGAAAGUAAGGGUCUUUUAGCUCUUACAAUGUCUUCCUCUGAGCAAGAGCUUGAGGAGCAGCUUAAGGAGACUGGAAAUAGUCUCCUGAACACUCCUUCUGCCACUGAUGAGCUUCUCAAACUUCUUGAUGAUGCUAAUGAUUUGUUGGACAAUGUUGAGCAAGGACCACCCAGAUCCAUGCAAGAUGCACUUCUACCCUUAAUGAAAGCAUUAAUUUCUAAUGAACUGUUGAGGCACUCAGAUGUGGAUGUGAAGCUUUCUGUUGCAUCUUGCCUUACUCAGAUUACAAGAAUAACAGCACCGGAUGCCCCAUACGAUGAUGAACGGAUGAAGGUAUAA